ACUGCAUAAUUAGCUAAAUGAGUCCAGGCAACUGAGAACUUUGUUCAGCCAAUGGGUUUUAGUGUUUUAGCAAUUUAGAAAAACUGUAAAUGAAGGUAUAGAAACAUGGACCAGAAAGAUGAUUGAAUACCCUGUGGUAUUUUGAAGUUGAUGAGAUAAUGAGACGUGUGUGAUUGGUUGGUCCUGCCAUGAUGCUGAUCAUCCAAUCAGUACAUCUUGCAGUGUAUGAGUAGUCUGAACUGGAGUGUUAGAGUUAUAGGGUUUAUCAGGGAUUUCAUGUUUGGUCUUUCUGGAUUUAAGCUCUCCCCUCGAAAGAAGUAACACAAUGUGAAUGUUUUAUAAAUGAUAAACAGUUGUCAUUGUUAUCAUUGGUCUAUUUCCUCCAUGUGACUUGUCCACUUUGUGAUCCACUUGUAUUCACGGUGCUAAGUGAUAGUCAGACUAAUGUUUAUGUAGAUAUAUGCUCUGUCUCAUGUAUCAAAUUUCGUGCUUUGUUGAUAUCGAUGACUGCGUCUUUCAUUCUAGUUCACAAAGCCAAAAUAAGUGUUUUGCUGAACUUUGUAUGAGGUUUUAAAAAGGCAGUCUCGCAUAGCCUACCACAUUAAGCUGUUGUGAAAUGUGUUCUAUUAAGGUGUCUUUGAACAGGGUAUAUGGCAUUCAUUCACCUCUCAUACUUGCUUCCUGGUGAAAGUCAUGAAUUGAUUUAUGUUCCUGAUUUUAAGUCUUACAAAUAUGAAUGACCCCUCCUUAAGGUAUUAUCAUGAUGGCUGAAUGAUGACUGUUGUCUUCUGUCAAAUUCCUGAGCUAAACGUCAUUUCCUGUUUUUAAUUUAAUUUAUCUCAUUUGCUUUUCUCUCUCUCUUUCUCUCCUUCUUCUUAAGUGUCUUUGGGCACUGUUAGUAGGCCUAACUCUUUGUCUGAUUGAUAGGUUUGUAAAGCAAGUGUUUCUGAGGCAACAAUGCACCGCAAGUGUUUCGUGGUUAAAGAGAAGCUAUAUAUAGCAGUUUUCUCAUCACAUGCAAUCGAUAGAUGUUCAUCACAAGACGUAUCUGUCCUGUAUCUAUAGGCUACCACAACUGUUAUUUUUGUCCAAACUUGUGAAGGUGAUGAUGACUGCAUGGUGUAAGACUCAAUUGUCAGAUGUCAAGAUAUAAUAAAUAAUCAUAAGAUGACACUGAACAAGUCUAUUGUUAGCAAACAAUAGCUCAAGGCUACUUAUUUACAUAAGCAUACAUAAUAAUAUUGGACCUAGACUGAACCCUUUGUUUCGGAGAGAAUAAAAAGCGGAAUAUUAUUUUAAUCAAUAUGUAUUUUUUGGGGGGGGGGAAAUUGUGUAAUUUCCAUAUUCAAACUUGUGCGGGUGAGAUUUGAGUCAUGACAUUAGCCCACGCAAGCUUCCACAUCCACUUCUCCUCGAGAGGGGAAAAAAACUUAACCUGCCCUUCAGCUCCGCCCUCCGGUUGGCUCUCCCGCCUCUUUCCCGGUCCCACUGCGCCCGCCGCCCUGCCAACCACCGGGAAGAGUCAACAUGGUUCAUGCACCGAAGCUGUAGGCGAAGAUAAAGACACCUCUCCGUUUUCAACUGAAUCCAGAAACAAAUACUGCCAUCAACUUCCCAGGUAACCACUGCAGCAGGAAUGCUGUGAUACAAAAUCAGCUUUCCCAAGCAAAGAAGAGGGGAUAUGCUGCGAAGCCUGUGAAGACAGACCCAACAUACUAAGACUGAAGACUGAGAGAAACAUUCUGACUGAAGAUUGUAUCAGGAUAUCUCAGGUUACUGCUAGAGAGACUGUGAAGAUGUCAUUCUCCAUGGCUCUACACCUCACUACCGCUGUCCAUCUCCUGGCACUGGUGGCCAUAUGUGACCAGGUUAAAGCUGAUCGCAUCAACUUCUAUAAUGUCAAACCUCCUGUGGAAGCCACUCCAUUCCCUAAAAGCUUCAAGUGCUUCACCUGUGAGAGAGCUGCAGACGACUACAGCUGCAACCGCUGGGCUGAGGACAAGUGGUGUCCACAGAAUACACAGUUCUGUAUGACAGUGCACCACUUCACCAGUCACGGCAAGACCAAGUUUGUGACCAAGAAGUGUGCUGCUCGUGAGGAGUGUCAUGCGUCUGGCUGUAGACACCACAGGGACAUGGGUCACACUGAGUGUGUGUCAUGCUGUGAGGGUAUGAUCUGCAACGUGGAGGUCCCUACCAACCACACCAACGCUGUGUUUGCCAUGAGGCGGCAGGCCUACAGCUCAGCCCCGUCCCAGACCCCUGUUAGGACGACGUGGGGCUGCUGCUGGCUGACGUUACUGUCCGCUCUGGGCCUGAGGCUGACCAGGCUGGUCCUACUGUGACACCAUUGUCCCUCAGAACAGGUCCCUAUAGAGGGGACCAGACUGUACCAGACCAACAUGUUCCUCUGAACAUGGAGGAUGUGUGUUGUUACAAGUGUGAUGGUAAUCUGUGAUAAAGAUGUCACAUGGAUCGAUCGAUCAAACACAAAGGACUACAGCAGUGUCAUAAUGACUGACGCUUGGUUUACCAAUGAACACUGAUGACACUGGUUGCAUCUACAUAAGCCAAUGGAACUGGAGAAAAUCAUCCAUGGAACCAAUAGAAUUGGCCAGAGGACCAAUAGCAAUGGUCAGUGGAUCUACAGAAGUGGAUGCAGAUGCAGAGCAUUGGACUGCAGAUGCAGAGUGUUACUGUAGAUGCAGAGUGUUACUGUAGAUGCAGAGAGUUACUGUAGCUUGCUGGCUAGUGGAGUUGGCUAGCAGAGAAGAGGAGUCAGCCAGAAGGGUUCAGGGAGGAUAAUGGUUUGUUCCAUUUUGCCCAUCAUAAGUCUGUCUAAUAUCCACUGCUUAUUCAAAGAUGGAGGCCCAGUAACUGUUCCCUCACCCAGCUCCUGCCCUGCCAGAGCCCUAAACUACUGUAGGGGACAUGAGUCUGUUCCCUCACCCAGCCCCAGCCCUACACUACUGUUCCCUCACCCAGCCCCAGCCCUACACUAAUGUUCCCUCACCCAGCCCCUGCCCUACACUACUGUUCCCUCACCCAACCCCUGCCCUACACUACUGUUCCCUCACCCAGCCCCUGCCCUACACUACUGUUCCCUCACCCAACCCCUGCCCUACACUACUGUUCCCUCACCCAACCCCUGCCCUACACUACUGUUCCCUCACCCAACCCCCUGCCCUACACUACUGUUCCCUCACCCAACCCCUGCCCUACACUACUGUUCCCUCACCCAGACCCUGCCCUACACUACUGUUCCCUCACCCAGCCCCUGCCCUACACUACUGUUCCCUCACCCAACCCCUGCCCUACACUACUGUUCCCUCACCCAGCCCCUGCCCUACACUACUCUUCCCUCACCCAGCCCCUGCCCUACACUACUGUUCCCUCACCCAACCCCUGCCCUACACUACUGUUCCCUCACCCAGCCCCUGCCCUACACUACUGUUCCCUCACCCAGCUGCUGCCAGAGGCUUAAACUACUUUAGAGAGCAUGAGACUGUUCCCUCACCCAGCCCCUGCCCUGUCACAAUCUUAAACUACUAUAGGGAGCAUGCCGAAUGAGAGGCUGGAACCGGGAGACUUUAAAUGUUCUUCAGAACAUUCCCUGGAUUAUUCAUGGUCCUGGCAUCCCUGUUUGGGAUUCCACAGCACGGCAGUGCACACAUGGACCAGGAAUGAGACAGUGACUGACUGGACACAGGCAGGAAUAGCAUGCCCCAUUCCCCUUGGAUUAGGGAGAACUUUGAGAGACUGGCGCUUAGCUCUGUCAAAGCCAAUUUAUGAAUACUUGAUCCACAGUAUGUCACAAAUAAGAUAUAUUUUGCACUAGAAUUGUACUAAAUAUUGUUUCUUGUAUUUUUAUAUAACAUAACUUUAUAUAAAAUUUCUAAAAUAAAAUGGAAAUAACGUGAAUUUGUAAAGAUUU